AUGAAGUACAAGGAGUUUGUCGCUCUUCCGCCACCGAAAAGGAAGUUUUGUCAAGAAUGUCAACAGCUCCUGUUGAUAUCUGAAUGGGAAAGACACUCUGGCCAUCCAGUACUUUCUGAUAUCUCAGCGGCUCAGCUGAGAAGACCUACUCAACUCCUCAGUGCUCUGGAGAACAAGAAGACCAACGCACAGUAUCUCUUCACCGAUAGAAGUUGCCACUUCCUGUUGGAUCUUCUUGUGGCGCAGGGUUUCCGAAGGGUGCUUUGUGUUGGCACUCCAAGGCUUCAUGAACUGAUCCAGUUGGAAGAGAAGAUCUCGAUGAAGAGUCUUUUGCUCGAUAUUGAUUUCCGGUAUUCGCAGUUCUAUCCCAAGGAGGGCUUUUGUCACUAUAACAUGUUCAACCAUUAUUUCUUUGCUGGAGAGGCGGCGUCCCGUGUUUGUGAGGAAUUCCUGCAGGAAGACCAAGGCGGUCCUGCGGUCCUGGUGGCUGACCCCCCCUUUGGAGGCCUGGUGGAGGCGCUGGCUUCUAGUUUCCAAAAACUGAUGGCCAUGUGGAGCUCAGGAGGAGGUGCAGGAUCUAUUACUAGCAAAGAGUUACCCAUCCUUUGGAUAUUUCCCUAUUUUUUUGAGCCACGCAUUCUUGAAUUUUUUCCAAGUUUCACAAUGUUGGAUUAUCAGGUUGAUUAUGACAACCACGCGCUAUAUAAGCACGGGAAAAGAGGCCGCAAACAAUCCCCAGUUCGUAUUUUUACAAACCUAUCCCCACGUUCAAUAGUUCUUCCUGCAGAAGAAGGAUACAGGUUUUGCCCUCUCUGUCAGCGAUAUGUCAGCAACGAUAACCGGCACUGUGACACCUGCCAUUCCUGUACUUCAAAAGAUGGCAGACGUUGGACACAUUGUAAUCUCUGCAAAAAAUGUGUAAAACCCUCCUGGCUCCACUGUAGCAUCUGCAAUCGCUGCGCUCUCCCCGCUCACCCUUGCAAAGGAGCUCAGGCUGGAUGCUUCGUUUGCGGUGAAGCCGAUCACAAACGCACCACGUGUCCAAAUCGGCAAAGGACCUGCAGAGUUGACCGAGAAAGCAAAAAGGCCAAGAAAAAGAAGAAAUUGAAGAAGAACAUUGUGGAGAUAAUGUGUUGGAAAAAGGCAAAAGCUGCAAGAAAAAGAAAAAACAAGACAUAGGAAAAAAACAUUUCAGUGCUUAUUCCUUUAUUAUUGUCCCAUUAUUAAUCUGAGUAUUACAAAAUUAUCUGGAUUAACAGAAAAGGGUUUAUAUUUUUAGAAAGAGUAAAAUACAUCCUUGGGCAAACACAGGUAUCCCUCAACUUACCAAAGUUCACUUAGUGACUGAUCAUAGUUACAACAUCACAGAAAAUAAUUCUAUCUAUCAUCUAUCUCUUUCUAUCUAAAAAGAACAAAUGAAGUUUUUAUUAUUA